CAUGUUUUCACUGCUGGGUUGCUUUCGUUUCUUCGUUCCACGCGAAGUUGUUCUCAGUCGCAUUUUUAUAACAACAUUCUGUUGAGUGGCACGUGUUUUUGCCAGUGAAAUAGCCGUACAACGUGUUGGUCGAAGAAAGACUCCUAGGGAGUUUUUUUAGUAACCGGCCUCUUUAGUACACAGUGCUUGUGUAGUGUGUAAACGAUUUACUUGUUUAGUAGUGUUGUAUCGGUCUUUUCCUGCGACAAAAAUGGCUGCCGCUAGUGAGGCCGUUGUUGCAGCGCUCGUGUUCGAUCAUCUUUCGAAGAAAGAUAAAACAUUUGCAGAAGUUUUUCAGAAGAAAUUCAAAUCGCCGGUCCUCGCGAAGGGAUCUCCCCGUUUAGAAGAUGUCAUUAAACACUAUCUGAACGGCGGCCCCAGGAAGCUUUCAAUAUCUAAAGCUGAUGCUAAAUUGAGUUCGGAUGAUGAUUCUUCUGAAGAAGAAAGCGAACCGAGCAAAAGUCCCGCUAAGAAAGUGGUUACAAAUGGAAAACCAACAGUUAACGGAAAAGCGUCUGUUAAUGGAAACGGCAUCAAACAACAAGCUUCGGAAAGUUCGGAUGACAGUUCGGAAGAAGAAAAACCAGCACCGAAAAAGGUACCAGUUGUUGCCAAAAAAGAAUCAUCCAGUGACGACAGUUCGUCAGAAGAAGAGAAACCAAAAGUAACUCCGGCUAAACAAACUCAAGGAAAAGUUGGGCUCAAAGGAGCACCCGCUCCAGCAGUUAAAAAAACCGAUACAAGCGACAGUGAAUCUGAUUCGGAUGAUUCCGAGGCAAAAGUGCCUCAAAAAACACCCGCUAAGCAAAAUGUUAAACCCACACCAGUAAAACCGAUACCUACAGCUACUAAAGCAGUCGCAAAAAAACAAGAAUCAUCCUCUGAUAGUAGCUCGGAAGAGGAACAGGUGAAGUCAGCGCCUGUAAAACAGAAACCUCCUUUGGCGAAAGUAGUGGCUAAAAAGCAGGAAUCGUCUUCGGACAGUAGCUCUGAAGAGGAACAACCUAAGACAGUGACCGCGAUAUCUAAACCUGUGUUGGUAAAAGUUGUAGCAAAUAAGCAGGAUUCGUCAUCUGACAGCAGUUCCGAAGAAGAAGAUUCAAAACAAACUGCUGUUAAAAAACAAACACCGGGUAAACCAGCUGUAAAGCAAGCUGCGUCAUCAGAUGAUUCUAGUUCAGAUGACGAGGAAACACCAGCAGUUAAACCACUGGUUAAUAAAAAGCCGAUUGUUGUAGCAGCGAAAAAAGAUGAAUCUAGUGAUGAUUCUUCUUCUGAGGAAGAGGAGCAACCGAAAAAAAUACCGGUUAUUAGUACGCCAGCCGCGAAGAAGAAGGCAGCUCAGCCGAAAAAAGCAGAAUCAUCAAGUGACUCUGAUUCUGACGAUUCUGAAGAAGAUGUUCCACAAAAAACACCAGCUAAGCAAAACGCAAAGCCAACUCCAGUGAACCCGAAUACUACAGCACCAAAAGUAGUACCCAAAAAGGAGGAAUCAUCUUCGGAUAGCAGCUCCGAAGAAGAGGAACAGGUAACCAAACAGGUAGCGGUCAAAAAACAAACUCCAGCUAAACCGGCCGUGAAACAAGAUGAGUCUUCAGAUGAAUCUUCGGACGAGGAAGAAGAGCAACCUAAGAAAGCACCUCUCGUCAAUACACCGGCUGUGAAGAGAGCUGCUCCGCAGAAAUCAUCCAGCGAAGAAUCGUCCAGUGAAGAGGAAGAUCAGACACCUCCGACGAAGAAAGCAGCAGUAGCCUCGGCGAAAAAAGCGACACAGGAUGAAUCAGAUUCGGAAGAUUCGUCGGACGACGAGCCAGAGGAGAAACCGGUUGCGAAGCCAGCUCCAGUUUCUAAGGCAGACAAGAAGCGGAAAGCCAAGGAAACUCAAGCAGAGGAUGAGAAGCAACCCCCGACUAAAAAAGCUAACUAUGGCAAUUUCGUUAAGCCGGGCGAGGGCAAUAAGAACACACAGAACGGUAAAGGUGAGCGGAAAUCAUUUGGAGGAUUUAACAACAAACAGGCAAACAAAGAAGCUGCUUGGGAAUGCGAGAAAUGCAACAUCUUUAACGACGCUGAUGUGCGAUCUUGUACUCAGUGCAAAUCGUUCAAUAAGAACGCGGAUGAUUCCAACGAUUGGGAAUGUUCGUGUGGGUUCAAGAAUUUCCCGAGUCGCAAAUUUUGCUUCAAAUGCAAAACACCCAACGCUAAUGGCGGUGGAAACGAAGGAGGAGGAGGACGCAAAAGUUUUGGUAGCCAAAAUGGUGGAAAUAGACAAUAUCCAGCAGACUGGGAUUGCCCUGAAUGUAGCACUUCAAAUUUCGCCAAGCGUUCCACUUGUUUCAAGUGCUCAGCGGCUAAUCCUAAUCCUAGUUCUGGAGCAGAUGGCAAAUUUGGACGCAAAAGCUUUGGCGAUGACAAGGGAGGAAACAAGCAGUUUCCGGCAGAUUGGGACUGUCCAAGCUGUGGAGUUUCGAACUUCAGCAAACGUGGAACGUGUUUCAAGUGCUCAACUGCUAAUCCUAAUGGUUCUUUCGGUGAUAAUUGGGAAUGUGCAGAAUGCAACUUUUCCAACUUCCCUAGCAGAUAUUCGUGCUUCAAAUGUCAGAAACCAAAUCCAAAUGGCGGUGGUGCUGGUGAGAAAGGCGGAUUCCGCAAAAGUUUCGGUGGUGGUGGCGGUCGUGGAGGUGGCAAUGGUCGAGGAAGAGGAGGACGUGGUGGACAGAGGGACGGAGGUGGUGGUCGAGGCGGCUUUGGAAGGAAAAGCUUCUCAGAAAAUGAAGGGAACUCCAAGCCGAACAAGAAAAUCACAUUCGACGAGUAGAUGUCUAUAAAUGAGUGUACAACAUAGUCGUAUAUUUUUACUUGUUACAAUUUCAUCCUAAUGGUUCUUUACAUAACCUAAUAUAACUUCGCAUUUUGUGUUUGAACUGUGGAAGAAUCCUUCCUUGAUUAUAAAGUAUAUUUUAAUUUUUCUGUAAUGACUGUAUACUUGUAUACACUCAGCUACAAUGAAAGAACAAUAUACAUUAAAUAUACACUAGACGUGCUCUUAUUUCACGAAAAACAAAUCAUUUAUUUUGAAGCUUUGUUAGUGAUACACAGAGGGAGGUUUUGUGUCUCCAGAAAUACAACUGUCAGAUCUAAA